AGGACAAAUAACUCCCCCCCAAAAAAACCUAGGUCUCCCCCAACAAACGUUUGAGACUAGCUCCCCUAAAUCUAAAAGAUGGAUCAAACUGCCCUGCAAGCUCUGAUAAGCUCCUCCCACAGCUAAUCACCUGCCUCAACAGAAACCCUGCCCCCUCUGACCUUUGCACAGGGAGAGCAGCUAAUCAGCCACAAAGAAACACACACACAAGAAAACCCACAAACACACACACAAGAAAACCCCUAGCUGAAGAGAAUCACAAGUGUGGAUGAGGCCAUUGUGCUUACGUCUUGCUUGUGAGCUCCCUGUCGGGGCACCUGGUUUCCAGGUCUGUCUUUUGCCUGAUCCAUCAGCCGGGCUCUUUUGAUGCUCUUUUGGUCCCCUUUUACAGAUGGGUAACUGGAUAAAUCAAGUGAUAAGAAAAUACUUUCACUUUCCAUAGGUCCAACAUUCGGCUAUUAAUGUGCACUCAAAACCUGCGUCAUAUUCAGAACUCUGAGAGGGACGGGGAGAGUCAGAGGCUGCCAGAAGUUGCAGAGAGAAACAGCCAGACCAGCAACACCUCCAGGCUGAGAAAACUGCCCAGCAGAAGUCAAGGUAGUGAAAACACCCUGCUGUUCUGGUGGAAUUAAGCAGAGGUGCGGAUCCCUCCUGCAGGAGGAAAUGGAGGGUGGGGGGUGGGGUGGGAAAAUAUUUUGCAAAUGCCACAAUGCGCCUUCUGCACUUGAUUUUUAAGGGGCGGUUGGUGGUUGGAGUCAAAGUCUGCCCUCCUGGGUGAUGCUCUAAAAGGGAGGGGAAAAGGGGGGGGCACAAUCCAUGCCAAAGAUUCUCCCCUUUCUGUUUUUAUAUAAUUUUUAUUAAAUUUUCUGUUUUACAAUUGAAAAUACUCAUUUUACAUCCUUAAAAUAGCAAUGACUUCCCUUCUUCUCUUUCCAUGGUUCAUUUUACAUAUCAUAAAUCCCUGCAUAUUUUACAAAAGCUAAACCAUUCAGUAUUCCAUUAUUGCAUCCAUCCAGACUUAUUUACACUGCUGAAUUUAUCUUAAUGCUGCCAGUGUUUUCAGCUGUGCACAAUUAUUUUCCAUAUAUUCAAUAAACAUUUUCCAAUCUUCUUUAAACACAUUUUCUUCUUGUUCUCUUAUUCUAUAUCUUGAGUCUGCAAGCUGUGCAUAUUCAGUCAACUUCAGUUGCCGUUCUUCUUUGGUUGGGACCUCGCUCGUUUUCCAUUUUGGGGCUAACGAAACACGGGCCGCAGUAGUGGCACACAUAAACAACCUUUUCUGACACCUGGGAAUUUCAGUCUGAAUUAUCCCCAACAGAAAGGACUCGUCUUUUGUUUCCCAGUCUAAUAACAGAUUAUACAUUUUAAACAAAAGUUUCUCUUUGUUUCAUAGAAGUUCUUUUUUGAAUUGUGAGCUUUGGUCCGAAAAACCAUUCUUUCUAUCUAUCUUAAACAUUUCAUGUGACAGAUGGUAUUGCAACCAAUCCGUAAUAUGGCUCCUUACAUUUUCCAUUGAUUUCAACAUUCCUUGUUUUGCUAGAGUGGACAUGCAAGGGAAUGUUUGGUCCAGCCAGUUGAAACUUCCUGUUGCAUGUGACUAGUGGGUGGGCGAGACCUUUCCAGACCUGGUAAAAGGCCAAGUCACCCUGCCACCUUCCCCCUUCCUCCCCUUUUUGUCCUGCCAGCUUCCUGCCUCACCUGGACUGGACUGCUGGCUGCCACAGCAGUUCCCCAGGUCAUCUCCCAUAUGGGGUAAACCUGUUUGUAAAUGUUUGUAACUUUAAACCUUAAGCCUGCCUUCAGGGAUCACACUGUGCUUGGCCUGAUCAUAAGUGAAACUGCUUUUCGUUACUUAUGAAUAAGACUGUGGUGUCUUUAUUCUUUUAGGAGGGAUUCAAGGGGUCUUACCAGGAAAAUAUUAGAACACAUUUCAAUUUGGGCAAGCCGGAUUGAAUUGCUUAUUGUUUUAAGAAACUCACACGAGUUUGCAACCAGCUGCGUCAGAAGCGGACUGCACUCUGCUAAGUGAAGAAACUUGCUAGCACAAGUUAGGAAGGAUAUUAAUAAACAAUAUAUUCUCUCCUGCCUCCCUGAACAUUCCCACAAGACCAUCUAGUCCAACCCCCACAACGCAGGAAUCACAUCUAAAGAAUCCAUGACAGAUGGCAACCUACAAGGAAGGAGAUUGCACCACCUUCUGAGGGAGUCUGUUUACCAUCAAACAGUUCUUGCCUUCAGAAAGUUCCUCUCAGGCUUAGUCAGAAUCUCCUUUUUUGUAAAUCAAAUCCACUGGUUUGGGUCCUGCCCUCCGGAGAAAUAGAAAACAAGCUUGCUCCCUCUUCGGUGUGGCUAGAGUGUAGAAGGGGCGUUCUCAGGUGAAGUCAUUCAGUUUAGAGUUUGAUUUGUAGCCAUGUUUACCCAGAACUGAGCUUAUCUGCAAUCGUUCUUGCCUUGUACAACAAGUGGGAAUGGAAGGACCUCUAAGUUUUGGUUUUCCAGUUUCUACGGUUCCCUUUUGGACUUAGAUCCCUCACAAGGAGUUCAUUUGUUUUCACUGGAGCCAAGGUAGAGGGCCAGCAACCUUUAGCUCAUUGAAUGUUGCUUCCUUAGCUACCAGUCUUAAGUAUCAGAGAGGACCAAUUUAUGUAUUCCCCAAACUUUGUUUUUGACUAAGGACUCCAGUAGCAGGAAAGUCCCUGGAGAGAAACUGAGUUUCCAACACUGAGAGUCCCCCAGGAGUUCUGCAAAUGACUUUUGGUGUUUUUAAUGCAGGAUUUCUGGACCACUGUGAACCUUGAUGGGAGCUUGUCUUUCUGCAACAGGCAGCAUGGCCGAAGGUGAGUCUUUUCCUGAUACUGACCAUCCUGAGGUAGCAAAACAAAUGCUGCAUGACUUCAAGGUGGCCACAAACAAGUCUUCUCCUUGGAUCAUGCUGAGGGUAGAAACUGUGGUCAGGGUGCCCACUGGAAAGAAACACCACAACACAUUUUCUGUGCACCCUCGACUGGCAAGAGAAAUAGGGGUAGGAAAUUUCCCUUGUACGGUGGAACCUCGGUUUUCGAACGUAAUCCGUUCCAGAAGACCGUUUGAGUCUUGAAAUGUUUGAAAACUGAAAACUCAAUACCUCAACACAAUAUGGAAACUCAAAAUGGAAGCUGCGCAGCAUGUUCAACUUCUGAAAAGUGUUUGAAAACCAAAGCAUUUCCUUCCGGGUUUACGGCGUCCGAGUUCCGAAAUGCUUGUCAACGGAGACGUUCAAAAACAGAGGUUCCACUGUAGCCUCAAUAGAAUCACAGCACUGCAAAGUUGGAAGGGACCCCAAGGGUAUAAUAAUAAUAAUAAUAAUAAUAAUAAUAUUACUUAUACCCUGCCCAUUUGGCCGGGGGCCCCCAGCCGCCUUCUAAAAGUCAGGUAAAGGUAAAGGUACUCCUGACCAUUAGGUCCAGUUGUGGACGACUCUGGAGUUGCAUGUACAUCUCACUCUAUAGGCUGAGGGAGCCAGCGUUUGUCCGCAGACACGCAGACAGCUUCCGGGUCAUGUGGCCAGCAUGACUAAGCCGCUUCUGGCGAACCAGAGCAGCGCACGGAAACGCCGUUUACCUUCCCGCUGGAGCGGUACCUAUUUUUCUACUUGCACUUUGACGUGCUUUCGAACUGCUGUUGGCAGGAGCAGGGACCGAGUGAUGGGAGCUCACCCUGUUGCGGGGAUUCGAACCGCCCACUUUCUGAUUGGCAAGCUCAAGAGGCUCAGUGGUUUAGACCACAGCACCACCAGCGUCCCUAAAAGUCAGGUAGUUGUUUAUUAAUCUAGUCUGAUCCCCUGCAAUGCAGGAAUCGCAACUACCGCACGCAUGGCACAUGGCUAGCCAACCUCUGCUUAAAAACCUCCACGGAAGGAAAGUCUGAUGCUCUUGGCAUCAGAAAGGUCUUCUUGACAUUUAGUCAGAAUCGCCUUUCUUGUAAAACAAAUUAGGUAACUAAUAAGUAGCACACCUAUGAAACAUUUGUAAGACUUUUGUGUGUGUGUGUGUUAGUCUCAGGAACUUUGCUGACAUGGUAUUUUUUAUCUCUUAUUUAGCCAGAACAGACAAAGAAUUGAGAAUUCUGCUCAUUGGCAAAAGUGGAUCUGGGAAGAGCGCAACAGGAAACACCAUCCUGGGGGCUGAGAAAUUUAAAAGCACAUCCAAUCUUGAGUCAACAACCAAGGCCUGCGAACGAAGAGAAGCCACUGUAGGUGGCAGGACAAUUGUUGUUGUUGACACACCUGGGUUCUUUGAUACAGCGCAUAAGAAACGCUUCACACGAGAAGAGCUGAAGACGUGCGUUGGUCUGGUCUUUCCUGGAGCUCACGCCAUCCUCGUCGUGAUAAAAGCGGGAAAGAUCACGAAGGAGGACCAGGAAACAAUUCAGCUCGUGAAAAAGCUCUUCAAGGAUGAAGGAAAGAACUAUCUGAUUCUUUUAUUCACCUAUAAAGAUGAGUUAGAUAAGAAUCAUUUAACUAUAAAUGAGUUCAUACGAGGCGCUGAGGGGCACCUGAAGGAUCUGAUUGAGAUGUCCGAAGGACGAUUGAUUGCUUUUAACAAUGUGGCUGAUACAAAAGAAAAGCAGAAUCAGGUGAAGGAGCUCAUUGAGAUGAUUGAUGGCUUGGUGGCACUCAAUGGCAGAACACCAAUGUACACCGAAGAACAAUUCAAAAAGGACAGCUCUAGUUCAUGCUGUAACAUUUCGUAAUAUCGGCAGUGAGGAGUCGGGAAUCAAGGAUGGAGAUAUGUUUGCCCACCACCGCUUUCUUUUCUUUUCUUAAUAAUAAUUUUUAUUAGUUUUCAAUUACUAUCCAAUAAUAGCCUCAUUAUAACAAUACCAAUUUAUAAUACAGUUAUUAAUACCAAUCGUUCAAAUACUGGGUCGUACAAUUUAGAUAGUGGCCCCCCGCAUGCUAGAAUUGAUGGCUUGAUUAUUUUCUUUAUUUCUGCAUUCCAAAAUCUUAUUACUUUCCAUUACUUUCCCUUAUACAACAACUGCAAUAUUAAUAACUGUCAGUUUGCAUUUUCUUAGUGCAGAAAGAUCUUUCCUAUUCUAUUUAAUUCAAGAAGGUUCUGGAAGCUUCUGUGUGUGAAAGAAACAAGCAGAAGGUUCCUGAUGUUUGGGUUAUUCCUUCAGAGAAGCUGAGUCCAGCUGCCUUAAACUGGUUCUGUUUUCUUUUCUUUCUAUAAAAGUUGCGGCCAGAAGGAGCCUGGGUUUCUGUUUCUGUUUCUCUUCCUUCUAGUGUGCUGUUCUGUACAUAGUACGCUUAGUGUGAAGGUUUAGACUUGUUAUAGGUUAUUGUAAGUUGAAGUCUGCAAGUGGAUUUCUUAUUGACUGUGCCAAUCCUCAAUGUGUUGGAUUUGUGACCACUCUGCUCAUCUGCCUUCAGUAGCAGUAAAGCUCUGCUGGAUGAAAUAUUCAUUGUCUCUGGUCUAUUUUGGGGGGAAUCCUGCAACGUGUUUGAGUUUUAUUGGCAAGACCCAGGAACUACAGUGGUACCUCGGGUUAAGUACUUAAUUCGUUCCAGAGGUCCAUUCUUAACCUGAAACUGUUCUUAACCUGAAGCACCACUUUAGUCAAUGGAGUCUGUAACCUGAAGCGUCUGUAACCUGAAGCGUAUGUAACCCAAGGUACCACUGUACAGCAUGUUUGCCUGCAACAAUGUGAACAAAUUUUUCUUCUGAAAGUCUAGCCCAGAGUAAAAAGUUUGAGAACCACUGCAAUAGACCUGCUUCUAUCUUCCUAACAGCCCCUGCCCACUCUGGUCCCCUCACCCCAAAACCUGUGGCAAUCUGGGUCUGUCUCUGCCUGACUUGACCAAAGCUCAUUGACCACAGGAUGCCUGCCUGCAGGGACUUGCCCAGAAAAACAAAGAAUCAUGGCAUGGCAAAGUUGGAAGGGAGCCCAAGGGCCAUCUAGUCCAGGACUCUUUCCCACAAAGUGGAGCUUGAACCCACGUCCCUGAGAUCUCUACCAACUGCGCUAUCCUAGUAAGCCCUCGCCUUGCUCUGAGCUUGACCCAAACUGGGGAAGCAAGAUUUAUUUAUUUUUAAUUUUUUUAUUCAAAAUUUAAACAAAACAUGUUAUCCAGAAACAUAUCAUCCUUCUCCCCCCCCCAUUUUUCCUCCUUCCCCCUACCCUCCCACACAACCCCCACCCCACCCCACCCGGCUUCCCUCAGUUCCAGUCUUUGAUUUCUCUAAGAAUGCUGUUUUCUGCAUGUUACACAGUUGUAUAGAUCCUCAAACUAUUUAGCUGAUGGUUAUCAAUAAAAAGUUUGUGAAUGUUUAUUCAAAGCCAGCCAAGGAGUCCAGUUCGCUUUGUUGCGUCUUCAAAUACUUUGUAAAGGGUUCCCAUUCAUCUUUAAAGUCACAGUUAUCCUUGUCCCGUAGCUUGUAUGUCAGUUUGGCCAGUUCUGCAUAGCGAGAACUGGAAGCAAGAUUUCUUGGGGUGUUCAUACUGCAAGCCUCUCCAUCCUAUGCUCAGGUUGCAUUUGUGGCUGGAACCACACAGUGGCGUAGCUGGCUGCUUGGGCGCCCGGAGCAGAGCACACUGCGUGGAGCCUCUGCGGAGUCUGCCUGGUGGACGCAAGCCCCACGCUGCCAUUUUGGGCAGCGUGGAGCCUGCAGGUGCUCACGCCACCACACCACUCCCGGGAGAGACGCGUGGCUCAGGGGCGCUGCCGGCCAGGCCCCGCGGUAAGUGCUGCCCCCCGCGGUGUGCCAUCACCCCCCUCAGUGAUGACACCCGGGGCCGUCUGCACCCACCGCACCCCCCUUCCUACGCCACUGCAACCACAUAUCCUAAGAGCAGCAGAGUCUCCAAUCGCCUCUGAAUGCCAUGUUUGGGAAUCACAGGUGAGGAGCGUGUGGCUGUGACAGGAUGCAGGUGGGUCCCUGGCCAGAUCCAAAUAUUGGGCUCGUCUUACAUAGUGGCUCCUAGAUCCUGUUCAUCACUUCUAGAAAAUCUGACCCCCCUUUUUCCACAGUGUCGGACUCACACACAAGCACAGAGGGGUCUUCCUUCCCCCAAGGCCACAUUCUACACUCUUCUAGGCUUCUUUGGUUUGGUAAAUAGCUUUGUUGCAGAGUCAUGUGAAUCCGUAUCACUGCAAGAGGGAGAAAAACUGAGCACGGCUUUUAAGCCAUGUAGGUUGAGAAGAACACAGGAAGUUGCUUUUGGGUGAGGCAGGAAGAAAGCCAGAUGUGAUUACACAUUGCUUUUGGUGCAAAGCCAGCCGCCUUGGGAAAUCAACUUGACAUGGCCAGAGCAUUUUCAAGAAAGGCAGCCAGAGCCUUUCAGGGAUAGCAGCCCCCUCUCUGCACAACCCCCCACCCCCAUUUCCUGGUCAUGUUUUUAAAUAGUGGGUACUCUUGGUUCUUAUUUCAAGCCAUUGAAGGCAAUUGCUCUGGAGCAGUGGUGGUGAACCUAUGGCACUGUGAGCUUCAUGGCUGAGUGGCAGGGAUUCGAACCCAGCUCUCCCAGCUCUGAGCCUGACAUCCAAACCACUACUGCUGCCCAUUGAACUCUAACCUUCCAAGUUAAGUUAGGUUGCUCAUCUUGCCACACAAGAGUUUAUUUCUUUAUUAAUUACAUUUAUAUCCCACCUUUUCCUCCAAGGAGUUCAUAAUUCUCUCCCUCCCCAUUUUAUCCUCGCAACAACACUGUGAGGUAGGCUAAGCUGAGAGUGAGGGAUUGGCCCGAGGUCACCCAGUGAGAUUCAUGGCUGAGUGGUGGGGAUCUGAACCCUGAGCAGUCAGGGAUUUCCUAGUCUGACACUCUAUCCCAGGGUCUCCAGCUGUUUUUUGGACUACAGUUCCCAUCAUCCCUGACCACCGGUCUUGCUAGCUAGGGAUGAUGGGAGUUGUAGGCCAAAAACAGCUGGAGAGGGUAUGAAAGACCAAUAUGAGCUAUUUUAGGGGGCAGAUGACCCAACUUGAAAGUAAGAAAACACACGCCAAAUAAUGUACCCCAGCAAAGUGCACCCAACUGCAAUCCCCGUAGCGACCAACAACCAAUCUGCCACGAGACGCGGUACAUUCUGCCUCCUGCCAGAAACCUGCUCUGCUCUUUGCCUGGCCCAUCGGUUUCCUAUCAUGUAACUCCUGAGAUCUGCAUUGGUUAUGUUGGGCUCCAAAUACAGCUCGUUGAUGUAAUAGCCUCCUCUGUUCUCCUGAACCAUGUCGUGGAUCAUGUCCAUCAGCUCGGAGACCUGCUCCUCCCUCUCUUCCCCUUCUGCCCUGUUAUUGAAAGCGCAGAAGCGCCGGCCCCAUUUCCCCAUCAGCUCCUUGACAGCCUUGUUCUCUGACCACCCCACAUAAUCCCGCAAGGAGCCUCCACCUAGAUCUUCUUUGCGGGUGAACAAGACCACCAUGUGCUUGGUGACCUCCAAGCCAAAGACAUCCUGGACUUGCUUCGCUACCGCCUCAUCUUCUGCUGUGAAACGGCCCACCUGAGUCACGAAAACCAGAGCGUGGGGACCAGGCCUGGACAGCUCAAUGCAACGGAUGAUCUCGGCUGCUAAUUCUUCAUCACUGAAGGCACCUGAGCUCAAAAUAUCUGCUGUGUCCACCACCAAGACAGUCCUGCCAUUCCAGGUCCCCUGGCCUCUUUGGCAGGUCACAGUUGUUGUUCCUGGCCUAAGCGCCGACACGAAUUCUUUCCGGCCAAGGAUGGUGUUUCCCGUGGCACUUUUCCCACAGCCUGUUUUACCGACGAGGAUUAUCCUCAGUUCUCUGUCUUCUCCUGUGAGCAAUGGAGGAGAUGUUAGAGAAUAGGAGAUCAGCAACCACAGGGCUCGAGUUCUCUCCAGGUGAACGUCAACCCUUUUCUGAUAUUCAACGCAACACCUCACUGCUGUCCAGCGAAGCAGAGGGGGUGAAAAUGGCAGCAGCUCACCUGUUUGUUGUUUGGGAUGGAAAUCUGGCAGGAGAAUAGGAUGGGGAUUUGCUUCUGCUGCUUGUCUGAUACAGUGGUACCUUGGUUUUCGAAUGUAAUCAGUUCCGGAAGAAUGUUUCCAAAACGUUUGAAAACCGAAAACUCAAUACGGAAGCCUCAGUACAAUAGGGAAACUCAAAAAAGAAGCCACGUAGCGUGUUCAGCUUCCAAAAAUCAUUUGAAAACUGGAGCAGUUACUUCCGGGUUUUCGGCAUUCAAAACCCGAAAUGUUUGACUACGGAGGUGUUCAACAACCGAGGUUCCACUGUAUUUCCAUUCCCUUAAAAUUAGUGGCCUUUGUGUUGAAAUGAACGGUGUGGUAUUGUGUAAUUAGUCACAACAUCCGUUAUGAUCCGUGCUACUUUUGUAGAAAAAAAGAGUGUGCUGGAGCUCACCAAAAACUUCUCCCUUGUUCUGUAACACUAACACACCUGAGAGGUACCACAGCUGAGCUCCAGCUGAAAAAAUGCCCUGGUUAUUAUUAUUUAUUAAAUUUGUAUUUCACCCUUCAUCCAAAAAGUACAGGGCUUUUCACAUCAUAAAAAUACGAAACGAGAAAACUAAAAACAUAAUGAAACAAGGACAAAAACAAACCAAUAACCCCGUUCCCACAAACACAUUUAAAAGGCCAUAGAAAGUUAAUCAGCCAAAGGCCUGGCUGAAGAGAAACUUUUUCUCUUGGUACCUAAAGGAUCUGCGAUGAAGGCACAAGGCAGGCCUCCCAGGGAGAGCAUUCAACAAAUGGGGAGCCACUGUAGAAAAGGCCCUGUUCUUGGGUUGCCACCCUCCGGACCUCUUGAAGAGGAGACGCACAAAGAAGGAUCUCAAGGGAUGAUUGCAGGAACCGGGCCGGUUCAUCUGGGGAAAUUUAGCAUGUUACAUUUGGCCAUGGUGGAUAGCAAGACGAAUCAGGUAGUUUUUGUUGGAAGCUGGAAUGCAGUGGAAGGAAAACUGUGCUGAUUGUGCCAAGUACAGCUUAGACCCAGGUUAUCUGAAGGACUGUCCUCUCCCAUAAGAAUUUGCCAGGCUGCAAACAGGGGUGACAAUCUGAAUUUUUCAGAUGGUUUAUCACUGUAGAUCAUGACAUUCGUAUAGUUGGUAUCGUUUAAAAUCCAAGCCGGUUCAUAUGAGGGAAUACAGUCUUUCAGAUAGCUUGGACCUAAGCUGUAAAGGGCUUUAAAGGUCCUUGAAUUUUGCCUGGGAAAUGAUGGGUAGCCAGAGAAGCUGUUGUAACCAGGGAAUCGUCUGCCCCCUGUAACCUUCAGGAAGGGGAGAGCUGGGAAUA